GAUCUGAUCACUGGUGGACAGCUCUUAGUUCCGGUGUGAACACACUCAGAUCAGAAACAGAUCCGAUCACACCAGACCACAUGUGUCCACAGUCUUAUCAAUGCUGGGGACACAUGAAGGGCGUCCUCUUGAUCAACAACACUGAUCCAUACUUUCAUUAAACUGGUCAAAUCUGUCACAAACACACACAGUAAACUCUGACUGAAAACAACAUCGUUUAACUAACACAAAUGACGUACGUGUUAAUUAGCAUGUAGAGCAGGGAAGUGAGAUCUGACAGAUGUGAACACCAGGUGUGAACGGGGACAAAGACACACUGUUGAUCAGAUUAUUAGCGAUGAUUAUCAAUAUGAAUCAAUAACCAGUGUUGAUCAGAUCAAUAAAACAUGCUCAGGGUUCUGGGGUCUGCGGCUCUUUAUCCGCGAUCGAGUCAUCAACCUUUGAUCUCUUUUUUGUGUUUCAGUGGAGGAGGGCGGAGCUUCCCAGCCGCCAUGAUGGACGACACAGAGUCUGAGCUUUCCUCCGCCCCCUCUGAGCAGAACAGCCCCUCCCUCUCCGUCUCUUCCUCCCUCUCUCUCCCCUCCACGCCCUCGUCGUCGUGCGCCCCCCCCCAGGCCCUCACCCCUCCCCUGGGUGUGAUCAGUGAGGGGGCAGGGGAGCUCACCCUGGUCAUCGACGCUGAGGUGGCUCAGCAGGCGUGUCGGGAGGUGCUGCAGAAGGUGAAGCUGCAGCAGGUGGAGGGCGAUGGCGAUGUCACAGACCUGCAGAAUGGUCCGGAUCCCCCCUGUCCCCCCGCAGCUCUGACAGCCGCCGUGAAACAGACGAAGAUCCGCGAGGAAGAGGACGACCCAGAAGGCCCGGCCCCCGGCUCGGUGAAAAGCGCCCGGCGGCGGCAGAGACACAAUCCCUCCAAACAGUCGUGGCUGCUCCGCCUGUUUGAGUCAAAGCUGUUUGAUGUUUCCAUGGCGAUAUCUUACCUGCACAACUCGAAGGAGCCUGGCGUCCAGGCGUACAUCGGGAACCGGCUCUUCAGCUUCCUCCACGAGGAGGUGGACUUCUUCCUGCCGCAGCUGCUCAACAUGUACAUCCACAUGGACGAAGACGUCGGGGAUGCCAUCAAGCCAUACGUGGUUCAUCGCUGCAGACAGAGCAUCUCCUUCAGUCUUCAGUGUGCCUGGCUUCUUGGAGCAUACUCCUCCGACAUGCACAUCUCCACUCAGCGUCACUCCAGAGGAACCAAACUGAGAAAACUCAUCCUGUCCGAUGAACUCAAACCCGCAGGGCCUCGAGCUCGCAGGGAACCCCUGACUCUGACACCUUUCUGUCCCGUAACGUCUCCCACCGCUGGCCCUGGACCCCUUGGAGGAGACCACGGCCUGUCGCCCUCCAAACGAACUCAUCAGCGCUCCAAGUCAGAUGCCACAGUCAGCAUCAGCCUAAGCAGCAACCUGAAAAGGACGGCCAGUAACCCAAAGGUGGAGAGCAGCCAGGACGAGGACAGCAGCUGCAGCUCAGACAAUCUGGAGUUUGAGGCUGGUCCUCCCGUGCGACUGGCUCCUCAGAGGGAGUUCAUUAAGUCUCUAAUGGGGAUUGGGAAACGUUUGGCGACGCUGCCGACCAAAGAGCAAAAGACUCAGCGUCUGAUCUCCGAGCUGUCGCUGCUCAACCACAAGCUGCCGGCUCGAGUGUGGCUGCCCACUGCCGCCUUUGACCACCACGUGGUCCGAGUGCCGCACACACAGGCCGUGGUUCUGAACUCCAAAGACAAGGCCCCGUACCUGAUCUAUGUGGAGGUUCUGGAGUGUGAGAACUUUGAGACUUCCAGCGUUCCGAUCCGGAUCCCGGAGAACCGGAUCAGGAGCACACGUUCUGUGGAGAAUCUGCCAGACUGCGGCAUGUCGGCGGAGCAGAGAGCCGGCAGCUUCUCCGUGGUCCCAAACUACGACAACGACGACGAGGCCUGGUCUGUCGACGACAUCGGGGAGCUGCAGGUGGAGCUUCCAGAGGUUCACACCAGCAGCUGUGACAACAUCAGUCAGUUCUCUGUCGACAGUAUCACCAGUCUGGAGAGUAAAGAGCCUGUGUUCAUCGCCGCUGGGGACAUCAGGCGCCGUCUCUCGGAGCAGCUGGCUCAGGCCCCCACCACCUUUAAACGGGACCCGGAGGACCCGUCGGCUGUGGCCCUGAAGGAGCCCUGGGAAGAGAAAGUCCGGAGGAUCAGAGAAGGAUCUCCAUACGGACACCUCCCACACUGGAGGCUUCUGUCUGUUAUUGUUAAAUGUGGAGACGACCUGAGACAGGAGCUGCUCGCCUUCCAGGUGCUGCAGCAGCUCAAGUCGAUCUAUGAACAGGAGCGUGUUCCCCUCUGGAUAAAGCCCUAUAAGAUCCUGGUGUUGUCGUCAGACAGCGGGAUGAUCGAGCCUGUGAUGAACGCCGUGUCACUCCACCAGGUGAAGAAGCAGAGCCAGCUGUCUUUGCUCGACUACUUUCUGCAGGAGCACGGAGCUCCGACCACUGAGGCCUUCCUGUCCGCUCAGAGGAACUUCGUACAGAGCUGUGCUGGGUACAGCCUCAUCUGUUACCUGCUGCAGGUCAAAGACAGGCACAACGGAAACAUCCUCUUGGACGCUGAAGGUCACAUCAUCCACAUUGACUUCGGCUUCAUCCUCUCCAGCUCACCCAAAAACCUUGGCUUCGAAACGUCCGCCUUCAAACUCACUACUGACUUCGUGGAUGUGAUGGGGGGUCCAGACGGCGACAUGUUCAACUACUACAAGAUGUUGAUGCUUCAGGGUCUGAUCGCAGCCAGAAAACACAUGGACCGAGUUCUGCAGAUUGUGGAGAUCAUGCAGCAAGGUACUCAGCUGCCAUGUUUCCACGGUUCCAGCACCAUGCGAGGUCUGAAGGAACGUUUCCACAUGAGUCUGACGGAGGAGCAGCUGCAGCUGCUGAUUGAUCAGCUGGUCGACGGAUCGAUGAGGUCACUAACCACCAAACUGUACGACGGCUUCCAGUACUUCACCAACGGCAUCAUGUGACCGGCACCACGUUCCCGUGUGUGAGACUGAAGCUUUAUGACUCGACUGCAGAAACUGAGCCUGUUGGUUUUAUUCCACUUUUUUCUUCUUUUUUUCUGUUUCUACGUUUGUUUUCAGCUCCAACUCUUCUUCCUUAUUUGGGCAGAAGUUCCUCAUUGGUUACUCAGUCGGACUCGUAGCCAAUCAGAGAGCAGCCCAGUUUUAGAUGUAAAUGUGAUCAUGGUUUUACAGAUUGAGAACAGGAAGCUGCCUCAGUGCUUUUGAGCAGAGCACAAACAGACUGUUGAAUGGACCACGCCGCUGUUUUUCAUGUGUUAGCCCUUUAACUGCAGAUGAUGUAAAACUCAUUAAAACAAACCGUGUGGACAUGAAGCUCGGCGUCAUCACUCAGUGUCGAUGGAUCCAACAGCUGAUUCAUCCACUGAUGGUUUUAGUUUCUCAGAUGUUUUGAACCUUUUAUCGAAGUGAAUUUCACAGUAGAAACAUCGUUUAGUCAGAAACACUCACAAUGCUACUUCCUGUCAAUCAAGGUUUUUCAAAUUCUACUCAUCUAGCCCAGAAUGAAGACGAGCUUCAAAACAACAAGGUGUCAAAACCUUUACAAAGAUUUUACUAGAAUUACCGCACUGUGGUUCUAUGCCUCCUUUGAGUCCAAGUGACAACUGAUCAAAAGGUCAAAGUUCAAAAAGAAAUUCCCUCAACUCGUUAAGUUAACUCAGGUUUUCCUACUGUACAGUGCACAUAAAAGGGGCGGGGUUUCCUGCAUAUGACCAAUAACAGACGUGGACAGUUGACUGACAGCAGAGCUGAGGAUCAAACUGUUGAAUAAUAAAAAUCUGAGCAGAACAAACAUCCAGAAAAAGGUAAAAAAUUCCAGCUGCUAAAUGCAGGAAGAACAGCUGGUAAAACAUCUGGGAUUGUUUUUAUAGUAAAACUGUUCAUGAACAAGAGCAGAUCUGAAUUUAAUGUCACCUGUUUCCAUCACAUGUCAUUUACAUGAAUUCUCAUUGUGUGUUUGACAGUUUUAGUCUUUCAGGUGAAACCCUGGAGGCUUCAAGCUGAACUGCAGGAAAUAAAACACACAGACUGUAAAGAAGGAA